AUGUCCGAAGAGCAAAAGCCCGUCGCCCAGCCCAACGCUGAGGCUGAGAAGGAUGUCCAGAACGUCCUCGCCGAGCUGAAGGGCGAGAACGAAGCCCCCGCCAACGGUACUGAGAAGAAGGAGGCCGAAGAUGCCGAGGAAGCCCGCAUUGUCGAGGCCGCCGCCAAGCUGGGCGAGAAGUCUGAGAAGGCUGAAGAGCAGAAGGAAUCCAAAACACAGGAAUCUCGCAACGACAACCGGGGUCGCGAGGGCCGCUUCAACCGCCGCAACAACGCCAAGUUUGACCCCUCCACGCAGCAGGUGACUGAUGACCCGGUCGAGAUUCGCAAGCAGGUUGAGUUCUACUUCUCUGACUCCAACCUGCCCAUGGACAAGUUCCUGUUCUCCAAGGUUGGCGGCAGCGCCAACCGUUCCGUUCCUCUGGAGCUUCUGCACUCCUUCAAGCGCAUGCGCCGCUUCCAGCCCUUCAGCGCCGUGGUUGAAGCCCUCAAGUCGUCCGAGACGCUUGAGCUGACCGAUAACGAUACCUCCGUGCGCCGGAAGACGCCCCUUCCGGAGUCCGUGUCGCAGACUCACGACCACAACGUGGUCAAGGUGUUCGAGGACCAGGCCAUGAGCCGUAGCAUCUACGCCAAGGGUUUCGGCGACGAGGAGCCGACUACCCAGCUUGACAUCGAAGCUUUCUUCGCCCCCUACGGACCCGUCAACGCCAUCCGUCUGCGUCGUGCCUAUGACAAGACCUUCAAGGGCAGUGUUUUCGUUGAGUUCGAGUCGGAGGAGAAGCAGAAGGCUUUCCUGGCCCUGGACCCCAAGCCCCAGUGGAAGGGACAGGACCUGCUCAUCAAGAGCAAGAAGGAUUACUGCGACGAGAAGGUGCGCGAAAUUGAGGCUGGCCGCGUGAAGCCCAGCGGCUCUCGUGGACGCGGUGGCUUCCAGCGCGGUCGCGGCCGUGGCCGUGGUGGAAACCGUGGCCGUGACAACCGCGACUGGAGGGAACGCCGCGCGGCUGACCAGAAGAACGGCUUCAACGACAAGAAGAGUGAGCCCAAGGAGGAGCGCACUGAGGUUCAGAAGGAUGCUCGCGGCGUCCCCAUUGUUCAGAGCACCGCCGAAACCGGCCAGAAGCGUGCCGCCGAAGACGAGGCGAACGGCGACCACCCGGCCAAGAAGGUGGACGCCAAGGAGUAA